AUGGACUUCGUCAACCAUCGCGUAGCCCAAGAGGCCGCUAAAGACCCCUCUGAGAUCUAUACCGGUCUCGUCACGCCUCUCAAUAUCAUACUCCUCCUCAUCACCCUAUACACGACGUACCUACUCUAUAAACCCUCCCCUCCAGUAUCGUUUCCGCGCGAACCGCCUGCCAUCGUCUUCCGAACAUUCACCCCACACACCCUACUACACUUUAACGGAGAGGAGGGCAAACCGGUGUACUUAGCAGUACGCGGCCGUGUCUUCGACGUCACGAGCGGUCGUAACUUCUACGGUCCCGGUGGUCCCUACGAGAAUUUCGCUGGUCGCGAUGCUUCGCGCGGCCUUGCGUUCCAUAGCUUCGACGAGGAGAUGCUGACCAAGGAUCUCGAUGGGCCUCUAGAUAAACUAGAGGGCCUUGGACCCGAGGAGUGGGAGAGCUUGCAGGGCUGGGAGGAGAGAUUCAACAGCAAGUAUAUGGUUGUUGGAAAACUGGUUGCCGCGGCUGAUGCGUAA